AUGUCAUCCCGCCGCCUCCUCAUCUUCCAAGAAGCCCGCAACCCCCAGAACCCCUCCGAACUCAUCUAUCUCCCCGUCAACAAACUGGGUCUCCCGAUCUGCGGCCCCGGCCCCGAGUUACCCUCGAUCCUCGAACUGCCGUUACGGAUUCUGCGCGCUUUUACGGAGAUUUUCAAUCAGCCUAAGUUUAAGGGGUGGGCGAUCAUGUCUGCAGGACCAUACCACGAUACCUCGGAAGAAGGCAAGUACUACGCUGUUGUGCUGGAGCAGGUGCGGGAUCCGUUGAAUAGCAGUGGUGGACCGAGGGAUUCGGUGGCUUCGUUGGCGGGUUGA